CAAGCUAGAAGGUCCAUCCCAAACCCAACAAGAAACAAAAGCCCAUAGAACUUUAGCAGCCCAGCCACAACAAAUAAAAUCAGAGAGAAAUUAGGGUUUUAGCUCAGUUCCUGCAACUCAGGUCUUCACUCGCCGCUGCUGCAGGAGAAGGAGAAGGAUGUCUCACAGGAAGUUCGAGCACCCCAGACAUGGGUCACUGGGAUUUCUCCCUAGGAAGCGUGCUGCACGUCACAGGGGAAAAGUGAAGUCAUUCCCUAAGGAUGACCCAUCCAAGUCACCCAAGCUUACUGCCUUCUUGGGUUACAAGGCUGGUAUGACUCACAUUGUCAGAGAGGUCGAGAAGCCAGGAUCAAAGCUUCACAAGAAGGAGACUUGCGAGCCAGUUACAAUCAUUGAGACCCCUCCAAUGGUUAUUGUUGGUGUUGUGGGCUAUGUGAAAACUCCCCGUGGUAUGCGAACAUUGAACACUGUUUGGGCUCAGCAUUUGAGUGAGGAAGUGAAGCGUAGGUUCUAUAAGAACUGGUGCAAGUCCAAGAAGAAGGCUUUCUCCAAGUACUCCAAGCAGUUUGAGUCUGAAGAAGGGAAGAAAAAUGUUCAGGCACAGUUGGAGAAAAUUAAGAAGUAUGCAACUGUUGUCCGUGUGUUGGCUCACACUCAGAUCAGAAAAAUGAAAGGGUUGAAGCAGAAGAAAGCCCACAUCAUGGAAAUUCAGGUCAAUGGUGGGACUGUGGCACAGAAGGUGGACUUUGCUUACAGUUUCUUCGAGAAACAGGUUCCUAUUGAUGCUGUGUUCCAGAAGGAUGAGAUGAUUGACAUCAUUGGGGUGACCAAAGGUAAGGGUUAUGAGGGUGUUGUGACCCGUUGGGGUGUUACCCGUCUUCCUCGCAAGACUCACAGGGGUUUGAGGAAGGUUGCUUGUAUUGGUGCAUGGCAUCCAGCAAGAGUUUCUUUCACUGUUGCCAGGGCUGGUCAAAAUGGAUACCAUCACCGAACUGAGCUGAACAAGAAGAUUUACAGGCUUGGCAAGGCUGGAGACGAGUCGCACUCAGCCAUUACUGAGUUUGAUAGGACUGAGAAGGAGAUUACCCCAAUGGGUGGAUUCCCACACUACGGUAUUGUGAAGGAUGAUUUCCUCAUGAUCAAAGGAGGCUGUGUUGGUCCCAAGAAAAGGGUUAUCACAUUGCGUCAAUCCCUGCUUAAGCAGACUUCUCGUGUUGCUUUGGAGGAGAUCAAACUCAAGUUUAUCGACACCUCUUCAAAGUUUGGACAUGGGCGCUUCCAGUCCACUCAAGAGAAGCAGAAGUUCUAUGGACGCCUCAAAGCUUAAUUAUGUUAUUUUGAUGGAAAUCUGGAACGUAAUUUUAAAAUUAUAUUUGAUUACCAUGUGUUUUGAACUUGUAAGUGUUUUCUCCUGUCAUUUGAUACAUCAUGGAUUCUCUCGUUUGUAGUUGAGCUUCUGAACCUUCGUUUCUCAGGAGUUUUGAGUUGUACUCAAAUUUUGUUUCUAAUGUUCAUUUUUACUUCAUCUA